AUGCACAAACUGUACAUCGGGAAUUUAGGCGACAGUGUGACCGCCGAGGACUUGGGGAGAACCUUCGACGACCACAAGAUCCCGUACUCAGGACAGUUCCUGAUGAAGAGCGGCUAUGCCUUCGUGGACUGUCCGGACGACCAGUGGGCCAUGAAGGCCAUCGAGACCUUCUCUGGUAAAUAUGAACUCGCCGGGAAACGGAUCGAGGUGGAGCACUCCGUCCCCAAGAAGCAAAGGACCAAGAAGCUGCAGAUCAGAAACAUUCCGCCUCACCUGCAGUGGGAGGUUCUGGAUGGACUGUUGGCCCAGUUUGGCUCGGUAGAAAACUGUGAACAAGUCAACACAGAAAGCGAGACUGCAGUGGUUAACGUGACCUACGCGUCCCGGGAACACGCCAGACAAGCCAUCCAGAAGCUGAACGGGUAUCAGUUUGAAAACAGCGCCCUGCGUGUCUCCUACAUCCCUGACGACACCUCUGAGUUGGAUGGGAGUCAGCGUGGUCCUGAUAACGGCCGGCGUCACAGUUACGGUCCUCGUGGUGGACCCCACGGUGGGUCUCCAAGCUCUGGGACACCCUCUAAACCCCAGCACGCUGACAUCCCUCUAAGACUGCUGGUUCCCACACAGUAUGUUGGAGCGAUUAUUGGCAAAGAAGGGGCCACAAUUCGCAACAUCACCAAGCAGACGCAGAGCAAGAUUGAUGUCCACCGCAAAGAAAAUGCAGGUGCAGCAGAGAAGCCAAUCAGCAUUCACUCCACCCCUGAGGGUUGCUCAGCUGCCUGCCGCAUGAUACUGGACAUCAUGCACCAGGAGGCUAAAGACACAAAGUCUGCUGACGAAGUGCCGCUGAAGAUCCUCGCUCACAACAACUUUGUUGGACGGUUGAUUGGAAAAGAAGGACGCAACCUGAAAAAAGUUGAACAGGACACAGACACCAAGAUCACCAUCUCUCCCCUGCAGGACUUAACGCUUUACAAUCCUGAGCGAACCAUCACAGUCAAAGGCUCGAUUGAAGCGUGCUGCCAGGCUGAGGUGGAGAUCAUGAAGAAGGUCAGAGAGGCCUACGAGAAUGACAUCGCUGCAAUGAAUCAACAGACUCACCUGAUCCCGGGCCUGAAUCUGGGAGCCCUGGGUCUGUUCCCAUCCUCCUCCAAUAUGCCCCCACCUCCUCCUGGAAACUCAGUCAGCAGCGCCCCCUAUGGAUGCUUUGGUACUCCCGAGCAGGAGACGGUGCACGUGUACAUCCCUGCGCAGGCCGUGGGCGCCAUUAUUGGAAAGAAGGGGCAGCACAUCAAACAGCUGAGCCGCUUCGCCGGAGCCUCCAUCAAGAUUGCCCCAGCUGAAAGUCCAGACUCUAAAAUGAGGAUGGUGAUUGUUACAGGACCCCCCGAGGCCCAGUUCAAGGCCCAGGGCAGAAUCUAUGGCAAACUGAAGGAGGAAAACUUCUUUGGACCAAAGGAAGAGGUGAAGCUGGAGACGCACAUCAAGAUGGCUGCUGCCGCCGCAGGACGGGUCAUUGGCAAAGGAGGCAAGACGGUCAACGAGCUUCAGAAUCUGACGGCUGCUGAGGUGGUUGUCCCCAGGGAGCAAACACCUGACGAGAAUGACCAGGUCAUCGUUAAGAUCAACGGACACUUCUAUGCCAGCCAGUUGGCCCAGAGGAAAAUCCGAGACAUCUUGACCCAGGUGAAACAACCGCAAAAAGGCGGGAUGGGCAUGGGCCCUGGUCCUCAUCAGCAGGGCUUCACAGAGAUGGGUAGCCCCACUCAGGGACUGAAUCAGGACCACCAGCCAUGCCGGAAGUGAGGCCUGUGCAUCAUCUGGAACUACCAUGGGGACCCGCUGCCUGACAGACAGACAGACAGACAGACACACAGACAGAUAGACACAUGCAUGGAAAAAAGGACAGACGGAUAUGGAAGAGUGACACAUGGACCAGCAACGGAUAGGAAGGCGUAUUCAGAGGGAAGCAUUUCGUUCAAAUGCCAGAGAGAAAAUUGGCAUUUUGUGAGAGGUGACUGAUAAAUUAAAUUAAAAGCUGAAAUGAAUAAGAUGGAGGACUCAAGAGCAGGAACUAGUUACCAUAAAAGAGACUGACUGAGGAUGGAGGGAUGAUGG